AUAUUGCCCUCUGUGUGUAGUGCUGACUGUGGUCCUGGAUUCAGAAAAUUCUGGAAAGAAGGAAUGGCCACCUGCUGUUUUGAAUGCAGCCCAUGUCCAGAAAAUGAAAUUUCUAAUGAGACAAAUGUGGAUCAAUGUGUGAUGUGUCCAGAGGAACAGUAUGCCAACCCAGAGCAGAACCACUGUAUAGACAAAGCUGUGGUCUUUCUGAGCUAUGAAGAUCCAUUAGGUAUGGCUCUUGCCUUAGUACCCUUGUGCUUUACUGCAUUCACUGCUGUGGUUCUUGGGGUCUUUGUGAAGCACCAUGACACUGCUAUUGUAAGGGCCAAUAACAAAACCCUCAGCUACCUCUUACUUAUAUCACUCAUGUUCUGUUUCCUCUGCCCCUUGCUCUUCCUUGGGCGUCCAAACACAGCCACCUGCAUCCUGCAGCAGAUCACAUUUGGAAUUGUAUUCACUGUAGCUGUUUCCACAGUUCUGGCCAAAACAAUCACUGUAGUUCUGGCUUUCAAACUCACAGGCCCCAGAAGAAGGAUGAAGUAUAUCCUAAUAUCAGGGGUACCUAACUACAUCAUUCCCAUGUGCUCCCUGUUCCAAGUAAUUCUGUGUGCAAUUUGGCUAGGAUCUUCUCCUCCAUUUGUUGAUAUUGAUGCACACUCUGAGCAUGGCCAUAUCAUCAUUGUGUGCAACAAGGGCUCAGUUACCGCAUUCUACUCUGUUCUGGGAUUCUUGGCCUGCAUGGCCAUGGCAAGCUUCACUGUGGCUUUCCUGGCAAGAAACCUGCCUGACACCUUCAAUGAAGCCAAGUACCUGACAUUCAGCAUGCUGUUGUUCUUCAGUGUCUGGAUCAGCUUCAUCCCUGUAUAUCAUAGCACAAAGGGCAUUGUCAUGGUUGCUGUGGAGAUCUUCUCCAUCUUGGCUUCCAGUGCAGGGAUGCUUGGAUGCAUCUUUGUUCCUAAAUUCUAUAUAAUUUUCUUAAGACCAGAAAGAAUUUCUAUCCAAAAUAUCAGGAAGAAAUCAUAA